AUACAAAACUAACCUCCCGGUCACUCCUACUACCCCUUCAUCUUCUUCAACCCCUUUUCCCCCUUCCCUUUUUCCUUCCAACCAAUCCAAAACCAUGCCUUUCCUCCUCCUCCUCCUCCUCCACCUCCGCCUCUCCUCAGCCCAAAACUCCUCCAUCCCCAUUACCUGCAAAACCCCCUCCUCCACCCCAACCUGCAACUCCUUUCUCUACGCCCAAUCCCAAAAACUCUCCCUCUCCACCAUCGCCUCCAUCUACUCUUCCAACACCUCCCUCGCACGCAACAUCACCCGCCCCAACGGCAUCACCGACUUUCUCCUCCAAGUCCCCUGCACCUGCAUCGCCACCAGCCAAGGCACCACAGCGCUCUUCUACGACACCACUUAUCGCGUUAUCGCCGGCGAUACAGCUGACGGCAUAACCUCUAAUGUCUUCAGCGGCUUGGCGUGGAAAAUCGAUCCAGGUCUGCAGGCUGGGCAGUUGAUCACCGUGCAUCUGCCCUGCGGGUGUUUAUCUGGCGGCGAGGGGGUGGUUGUGAGCUAUGCGGUGGAGAUGGGCGAUACUGUGUUGAAGAUCGGUGAAAUGUUUUCGGCUGAUACGGAUGAGACGAUCAGGAUGAACUCUCAGCUCGCGGCUAAUCCAGAUUUUUUGAACCUUGGUUGGGUGCUGUUUGUGCCCAUGGGCACCGCCGCCCGGCACUCCGGUGGUGGUGCUGGGAAGAAAUUGGCUUUGGGGAUAACGAUACCGGUAAUUAUUGUCAUUCUAUGCGGGGUGGUCAUAUUUUUUCUAUGGAGGAGGCGGUCGCGUAGAAAGCUCCCAAAGAACGAAACAAGGGCGAUUACGAGUGCGAAGUCCGGACUCGCGCUGCUGGAAAGCCAAUACAAUCUGGAGGGGGAAGAGAAGGCGUUCGAUUCGGAUAGGCCGGUGAUUUUUAGCCUGGAGGAGGUGGAGAGAGCGACGUCUAACUUUGAUAAUUCAAGAGUGAUUGGAGUGGGUGGCUUUGGGAGUGUGUAUUAUGGAAUUCUCGCAGACAAGGAGGUUGCGAUUAAGAAGAUGAAGUCCAACAUGUCCAAAGAGUUCUUUGCAGAGCUGAAGGUUUUGUGCAAAGUGCACCACAUAAACGUGGUUGAGCUGAUAGGGUUUGCGAGUGGCGACGAUCACUUAUACCUUGUGUACGAAUACCUUCAAAAUGGCUCGCUCAGCGACCAUCUCCAUGACCCACUGCUGAAAGGACACCAGCCUCUGUCAUGGACUGCAAGAGCUCAGAUAGCUCUGGACACUGCCAGAGGAAUCGAAUAUAUUCACGAUUUCACUAAGUCUCGCUACGUGCAUAGAGAUAUAAAGAGCAGCAAUAUUCUGCUGGAUAAUUGCCUCAGAGCAAAGGUAGGGGAUUUUGGGCUUGCGAAGCUUGUGGAGCGCAGCAGCGAAGAUGAGCUGAUUGCUACUAAACUGGUUGGAACGCCUGGUUAUCUCCCUCCAGAGUCGCUUAUGGAGUUCCAGACAUCAACCAAAACGGAUGUGUUCGCCUUCGGAGUUGUCAUUGCAGAGCUCAUCACAGGCUGCCGUGCCUUGAGUCGCGACAAUAAAGAAGCCACAAAGAUGAAAUCUCUCGUCCCUGUUAUGAAAGCUGUUUUUAAUGACGAAGAUCCUGAGAGUGCAUUAGAAGAAAAAGUUGAAGGAAGCCUCAGGAGCAGCUCUCCCAUGGAAUCAGUCUUUAAGAUGGCCGAGAUCGCCGCUUGGUGUCUGAGCGAUGACCCCUUCGACCGGCCGGAAAUAAGCGAGAUAACGGCGAAGCUAUCUCAGAUUCUCUCCGCCUCAAUAGAAUGGGAAGCUUCUAUGAGCGGAUCCGGCGAUGUAUUCAGCGGCGUCCUCACCGGAAGAUAACAAAACAGAAAAAAAAAUCCGAUUUUUUUUUCUUUUUACUUC